AUGUCGUUUAAAUAUUUAUCUGAUAUUUGUGAAAAUUUAUUUGAAAACAAAAAAGAAAUUGUAUUAGAUAUUAUUCAAAAAAAUUUGAAUACUCAAGAUCUUUUUUAUAAAGAACGAAUAGAUGCUGUAUGUAAUCAUUUACUUAAACGAUUUAAUAAUGAAGAAAAAUAUAAUAAAACCCCUGAAGAUAUUAAAAUUUUAGCUCAUAUCUCAAGAAGUAUAGAGCACAAAUACACUGCUCUAUAUGUUUUGUUUUACGAAAAUGAAGAAAAUUUACCAGAAAUAGCUUUAAUAGAAAUUUUUUGUCAACCAUUAUUUUUAAAUCAUGAAGAAUUAAGUUUACCAUAUAAUUAUUAUAGACUUCAAUUAUUGUUGUUACAU